CGGGUUGUCCUGGUGGCUGGUAUGAAGCGAGGUCGGGACCCUACCAGCGGGGUUAGUAUUGAGGUGACUGGGCACGGCAGAGUGGGCAUGCAUAGCGCCAGUUGCACCUCGGCCCGGGCAGCCGCACACGGGCCCCGCGCUGCAGCCGCCACGCACGCCAUACCCGACUUGGCGAUGGGAGCGAUUUAGUGAUCCAGCUUGUAGAGCGAAAGAGAGAGCGAGAGAAGGAGAGCGUGGGGCAUGGGAUGUGAUGGGCGUGCGUCGGGCGUGGGUCAGGUAGUACAUACCCAGACAACCUUGUUAUUAUAUGUGAGCGUGCCGCGGGCUGCGUCCUUUUGUACAGGUGCUUGGUCCCUCCUUCAGGCUACACGGACCGUACCGCCGACCUCGAGCCUUCUUGAUACCCUCGCUGACUCUCCAGAAAUAGAUGAUCGAAAUCAUGUUGGCAGGGAAGCCAUUACAGUGACAGUUUGCGAUGACGUGAGUCGUUUAUAGCGACUUGAGAUGAGCGUCGCCGCUGAAACUUGUGGAGUGAGUCUUUAUCAGGAAACCAAAAAUCAUCCUAAUGAUGUGUAAUGUAAUAGUUGUCUCCGGGACAUCGGGAAUGUGUCCAGGUGUAAAUCAAAUUCACAGAUGCUUUAUCUAGUAAGGCCAUGGACCCAACUAUAAUUUGAUUGUACGUGCAUCACCUUUGGCGAGAUGCGAGGCUGCGAGUCACCAGGGACCUUGGUCACACGUCUGGGCGGUGCUGCAGCAGCCAGUCGCUGCCUUCCAGAUGCUGCUCCUUUGCCCGCUGACCUCCACAGGACGUGAGGGUGAGCUUCGCCGCCGCCUUGUACUUGGAUCUUCAAAGGCCUUCACUUUGAGACCCUUGACCGCAGCCGCAGCCUCAGCCGCAUCUACCACUGCUUCCAACCAUGCAAGUUGGUGUCAGCAUCUUCUUUGUGGCAACUCGGAAGCGAAAUGAAAAAAUAAGUUCAGGAAAAAAUUCAGAUAACAAGAUGCAAUUCGCAAGCUGUGUGUCCUUCCUCAAGGUGAGGCUCUGGAUCUCUGGGAAUUCAUGACCUGCUCAGCAGAAAGCUGACCUACUGCAAGACUGCUUCUGUCCCUCACAGGUGUUGAAGUGACGUGAGGUGAUGUAUAGCCCAGCUGUUGACAUCAGCCGGCGCGGCGGCCCGAGAUGUGGCCCGCACACCGUCGCAGUAGGCAAACAAGAUGAGUCUACAGGUGUACUAAAGAAGACUCUCCCCAAUCAUAGUUUAGACUGAAAAAAGAGGGAACAGAAGGCCCACAUCACUACUUACGACACACAUCCUGGCCUGCGCAAUGUUAACCAAAUAACUGUAUCCAUAUCCGCAUUCAGAAGCAAGUUUGGACCUCGGCGGGCGCUGAUCUGGGCACCUCAAGGCCGUCUCGGAGAGUGGAGAGCCGCGCAGAGGACGUGAAGUUCAGGCAGCACGCCACGCACAGUGUAAGUGAAUGUAGCGGCCGGUGGCGUUGGUAGGGACGAUCGCCCGUUCUUUCCUUCCCGUCGUGCUUCUGAAAAACCGAGGAGUUGGUCAAGGCGGAGCACAGAACUGAGAGAGGCUGAGGUGGCGACGUGCAAGCAGCAAACCAGUAAUGCCCCGCCUCGCUAAUGGCCGCCGCAGUAAGGUGGUGGUUUGGUCUGCUGGUCUACCGCGCUCCCACCACCCACCCGCUCUCAGUACGACCCACAGAUGGUUUCGUCAGGGAGAUUGCCAGCCCACCCGACACGCGAAACUGACGCCAUGCACGGAGUAGUACGUCAUGUCGGGCUACAGGCGAAGGCAGGCAGGCAGGCUGGGUCCCGAGGAAGAAGAAGAAGACCAAGAAGAAAAAAAAAGGAGAAGAGAAAAAUCAGAUCUGAGUGAAGUCAACUUGUUAUCUUAUUUCAGGUGCCGGACGUCCCACGCCUCGCCUCACUCAUGCGAUAACGCCGCGCUAAUGGAGUUCCUCGCCGCCCUACCCGGUUUAUCUUUGGUGAUUCACGGUCACUUCCACGGCCACGGGAUUCACAGAAGGUGCAUGGGCGGCGGGCAGCAACAGGUCGAGGUGCUUCAGUGCUUCACCAGACGGCAGACUAAGUUCAUCGUGAAGCAAGACUGCAAGAGGCCAGUCCCAUUUCUCCAGCGGCGGUCAGCGUGGGUCGAGGUGCUUCAGUGUUUCACCAGACGGCAGACGCGAGUUUAUCGUGGAGUUCGAGGCAGGUCCUAUACUUCUCCAGCGGCGGUCGGCGAGGAUGAGUCACUGUUGUCCAUUGUCUUGUACAGUCGAGAUGCUUCAGUGCUUCACUUGACGGCAUACAUCAGUUGAUUGUGAAUUUAGUUGGGCACGUCUGUGACGGGCUGUCAUCUCUCCGGCGGUCGGCGAAGGUAAGUCAUUGGCCUAUUAGAAUCCAUGCAAAGGAGAAUUGCUAAAGGGAACAAGUCAGGGAUAAAAAGGAUGAGUCCAAAUGAGCCAAAAUUGGCCUUGUUCACUUACUCAACCUGUCUCUGUCAGGAACACCACAUCAUGCACAUACGGACCUGAACUUGAUGGCCCUGGCUGCUGGUAUCACAGUUGCUGCAGCUGGAAGAUUCCACUUCAAGAGGUCACCAACAUCUGUUAAAAAAGAAACUAUUGUAGAUACAUAAUGUGUUAGACUGUGUGGACUGGUAGUGUUGCUGGUUACAAGCAUCCAAAUGUACAAGUCAAGAGACUCUGCCACUCAGCUUUAUUUUUAUUUUUUUUUUUUUAAUAAAAAUAUUACA